AUGCGAGACGAGCACUCCAAUAAAGCUGGACAUCUCCCCCCCCCCCCCCCCCCCCCCCCCCCAACCCAAAAAAAAGGUUACAAGACAUCUGUCAUUGACGUAGAUCUUGCCGAAUGUUUUCUUGAGGAUAUGAAACUUCUUAGUCAGGAAGAAGAAGACGCCCAUUACCAUGAGGUUUUGAAAGGUGGCACAAUUUGUGGUGUUGCAGGCCUCGUAGGUGGCCUGGCGGGGGUUAUGGCCGCCAGUCGUCGCUUCACCCGUUUCCGAUCCUUACCCAUACAAUUCAGAGGAUACAUAGUCACAUCGUGCGGGACAUUCCUGGCCAUAGUGGGCGCAGACCAUGGGUCACGAGUCUUCGAAUUACGGCAUAACCCCCUAAUGUCGUCCCACAUCGAGCACGACAGGUGGCUACAAGAAAGUCGCCAUUCUCACCAGGCGGGUACUGAACGCUUACUUGAGUGGGUCUACCAUGAAAAAUACAAAAUUUUAGGUGCGGCGUGGGUGUUCAGUAUCUCUGGUUCACUCGUCAUGCUAGGCCGAAAUCGGUACUUGACUAGCCGGCAAAAGAUGGUACAAGCUCGUGUUUAUGCCCAGGGGUUGACUAUUGGCAUCAUAUGUGUCGCAGCGGCAUUCGAGAGGCGAGUUCAGAGCAAAGAAGAGGGGCCGAUUCGACGAAAUCAGACAAAUGGAAGAAGUACAGUUGUUGGGACUCCUAUUGGACACCGUGGUAGCCUAGAGAGCGACCAUAUUUGGAAGGAGAUGGUUUCUCGCGAGUAUGAGGGACUGAAAAGAAGGGAAAGAGAGAAGUAA